AUGCCUAAGUUUUACUGCGAGUACUGCAACAUAUACCUGACUCAUAGCUCACCCGCUGGACGCAAGCAACAUUCGCAAGGCAAGAAACAUAUCAAUGCUAAAAUUGAAUACUACCAGAAUUUAAUCAGGGAAAGAGGAUUCCAACCUCCUACCACAACAAAUCCCCUAGUGCCCUUUGGGUUACCCCCGGGAUUACCUUUUCCUCCACCAUUCCCUGCGCCUAAUGGAUUGCCAAUGAUGCCCAUGGGCCCGCCUUUUGGCAUGAGACCUCCAGGAUUACCUAUGAAUUUGCCACCAGUAUUUCCCCCAUGUCCCUUGCCUCCCGGAUUUCCUCCAGUAACUCCCACUGGCCAACCUGUAAUUAGCCAGCAACCUACUGUACCUAGUCAAGCUCCAGUUGGAAUCCCAGGAAUGCCACCCGGAGUUCCUCCCGGAGUUCCACCAAUGUUUGAUGGGAUGGUUCCACCUCCACUUCCCAUGAAUGUUCCCCAGAGCCAGAAUUUUGUUCCACCAGUACCGCCAGAUACAUAA